AUGCAUAGGAAGAUCUACUAUCUGCAAAGCUGGUCCAAGACACUGCUGAUCGUCUCACAUGACCAAUCGUUUCUCGACAAUGUAUGCACAGAUAUCAUUCAUCUUGACGAGAAAAAAUUGUUCUAUUAUCGUGGAAAUUACACGUCCACAUUAUUAUUUGGGCUUGCUAUGAUAACAAUAUCUUCGAGAAGGAUACUUCAACAAAUUAUGUCUGUUGGAAACCAUGCCUGCCAUCUAAGACCGCCAUUUCUGGCAGCCACACACAGCUUUAAGGCGAUGUUCACCCAGCGCAAGCGCGAGCAGCUAAAACUCUAUGAAAAGCAGGAGAAACGCCUACGGGAGUUAAAAAUCUCAGGUCGCAGUACGAAGCAGGCAACGGCGAACGUGCAACGCGAAGCCUUAACUCGGAAGCAGGCGAAAUGUAAAGCCACGUUGGAAAUGUCUAUUAGCGGCGAAAAAACGAGCUCAUCUAUUGCGCUUAUCGAGAAGCCCAAAGCGUAUAUCGUCAAGUUUCAUUUCCCCAACCCUCCUCUUAUGUUGCCUCCUCUGCUUGGUCUUUACAAUGCCAGUUUUGCCUACCCGAAUCAACGUUCCCUCUUUGUUAAUCUUAACUUCGGUGUCGACAUGACUACACGAAUCUCUAUAGUUGGACCAAACGGGGUCGGAAAAUCGACCUUCCUCAAACUUUUGACCGGUGAACUUGAACCUACAUCUGGCCAACGUCAGUACAAUCAUCGUCUAAAGAUUGGCAAGUAUGAUCAGCAUUCUGCUGAUCAUCUGACUAUGUCCGAGACUCCAACCCAAUACCUUACUCGACUCUUCAAUCUUCCAUAUCAGGAAUCAAGAGCCACUCUCGGCAAAUUCGGGCUUGAGUCUCAUGCACACAUCAUCCCGAUCGCUGACCUUUCAGGGGGGCAGAAGUCGCGUGUUGCCUUCGCUGAGUUAUCUCGUCGAGCUCCGGACAUUCUAAUUCUCGAUGAACCGACCAACAAUCUGGAUAUCGAAUCGAUUGACGCCUUGGCAGAUGCCAUCAAUGAGUUUACUGGGGGUUAG